AUGAAAAAAAACAGCAUUUUAUCAGUGCCUAUCAAGUAUUAAAAUUAGAUAUAUUAAAUAGAAGUAAGAAUUAUGUAUUAAAUAGAUUUUUGCAUUCGAUACACCUUUGCAAAUAGCCUAUAGAUUUUGCACUCAACAGAAUUUGGAAUUCAAUUUUAUAUCACCACUUUCAAAACAAAUAAUUUCCUUUGUGUCCCUGCUUUUGGAUUCCACUAGCGUAGACAAUACAGUCAAGACAUAAAUUCGAUUGCACUUUGAUAAAUUCAUAAACAAUGCAAGUAUUAGAGAGAGCAUUAAAAUUGUGGACACAUCCAUAUAAAUUCAAAAUGAUUGCAUCCAAAUUACAAAGCAAUAAGAAUCAACGCGAAAUAAGGAUGAGAACUUCAAUUUCUCAUUUGACAAAGACAACAAUGAAGAUAACACAUCAAACCUUCAGGAUUAAUUUUAAUUUUCAUUUAAAAACAGAUUAUAAGAAAUGUUGAAUCCUGAAAAAAAUUAAUCCACCUCCAGGGGAAACAGUCAUGUCGAUCAUUACGUUAAGAAUAAUUCAAUUAAUCAGAUUGAGAAUCUUCAAAAACAGGAGAAAUUGAAUUAGAAAAUAAUGAAUCGAUUAAAAAACAAAUCGCCAAGCAAGUCCCCAAACAGACGAGUUGGCAUACCAUAUUAAGAGUAUAUGAAAAGACCAAGUGUUUAGAUCGACAAUACUAAAGAUAGUUUCCAUUCGAAUUAUGGUCUAAAAAAUAGGCCGAAUCAAUUCAUCAGUGCCUAAUAGAGUCCCAUCUAUUCACCAGAGAAGCCAGAAUAAAAUACACUGUAAACUUUGCCGAAGGGAAGAAUAAGCAUGGAAAAGUCAAAGCAAUCUAAUUCGAGAAAUAUCUCUCCUUAGGAAAUUAGUUUCUCUUAAUAAUAGAUAGAUUAGAGCAUAUAAUCAGUAAAGAAUGAAAUAAAAUAGUUUAGUCUAUGAAUAGCAAUGGGACUCUUUGUAAUAGCAGAAUUGAUCAUCAAUCUAAGUAGGACAGAAUAAAGAGUUUCAAGGAUUUGAUGAAUAAGUUAUAGUGUAUUUCAACUCCUCAGAAGAGUCAGAGGAACUAUGAGAUCUAUAUCAAACAAUAAAACAAUACAUAUGCAAAAAUAGUAAACACCAUUUUUAGUGUAAAGUUAUUAGGAAUAAAAAAUUAAUGAAAUAUUUGCGAUGCUAGAUGCUGACAAGGAUGGUUACAUAGAUCAUGAGGUCAAUUUGCAAUAGUUAAGACAAUAAAUCAUAGAUAUGUUCGAGCCAGUUUGGUUUUAAAUUUUGUGGAAGAAGAUUAAGCUCAAUAAAAGAUAGUUUUAAGAAUUGAUGUAAAAAAGGUAAUGAUUUAAGUAAUUAAGAAUUAAGGAUCUUGAUUAAUAAGACAUUGGAAAAUUUAUAUUUAAUGGAAUUAAAAAGUGAUAAUAUACAACAGUUUUUAUAAAAAUAAAUUAUUAUUUAUUAAUUCAAAUUAAUUUGAA